AUGUUUAUUCGAAAGGCACUCAUUACCCUUGUUGGGGCGGCUGCCGCAGUCCAGGCUUUCCCUGGCAGAGUGAACGAAGCUGCAGAGCUCUCCCGACGCGGCCUAGAGAAAAGCGGACUUAAACGCUUCGAGAUUGUCAAGAACUUCAUUGCCCCCGGCGACCUGCUUGCCCGCUCCGGCGCGCCCUUUUACGACGGCUCGGACGCGUCCCAGAAGAUCACGAACGAGACAAUUUUAUUUUUCAAAGAGGCCGGCAUUCAGCACGUCAUCAGCCUCAACAGCCACGCCGACGCCGAGCACAUGAAGACGGCGCUCGCCGACGCCGGCAUCGCCUACACGCCCCGGCCCGUCGUCGACUUCCAGGUCCCCACACCCGAGGACUUCCAAAAGGGCUGGGAGGGCUUCGUCGCCCACCGCAAUGGCACGCUGGUCUGGUGCGGCUUCGGCUGGGGCCGCACCGGCACCAUGGUGUCGGCCCUGCAGAUCUACGCGCAACACGAGCGCGGCGAGACACUGGCCUUUACCAACAGCGACUUCGCCAACAACCACGUGGAGACGGACGAGCAGAUGACGGCUCUGAAUGAGCUACAGGAGCGCCUUAAGAAGUCUACUGUCCCGUCCCCGGCUACCACAUUUUCGGCUGCUCGUGUGCAGCCUGUGGCGACCAAGCAGCCCGGCCCCAAGGAGAUGGAGACGACGCUUUGCGCGCCCGAGGGCAAGCCCAAUACCUACGGCAUGAAGGAGGACGAGUGCCGUCGCCAGGUUGCGCAUUGGACAGAGUUCGGCGCGUCUACCAGGCGAGGCGGCGCUUUGCAAGGUGAUAACGUCUCCCGCGCACUCAAGACUUUGAUGACCAAGAUGGGCCACAAAUGGGGUGUCAAGUUCAUUGCUGGGCGUGGGAGUGAGAAGCAGAAAGACGGCGAUGCUGCUGCUGCGACACCAAUACCACCGGUGGUACAGUGGCAGGUCGGCGACUGGAGACCCAGCGAGGAGGUCAUGAGUUUGUUCGAAAGCCUAGGACGGCAGGAGUGGCUCGAUCUCCAGUGGGACAAUCGGGUAGGUAACCGGAAUCCUUUAUUGGGUAUUCGAAGAAUACUAAGUGAGAUGGCUUCAAAAAUGGGCAAAAUCACCGACAUCAAGUACUACCGGGUACCCCCACGCUGGCUUUUUGUCAAAAUCACCAACGACGCAGGCAACAUUGGCUGGGGUGAAGCAUCUUUGGAGGGCCAUACUCAAGCAGUAGAAGGAUGUCUCGACGCAUGGAUAGAUCAAUAUGUCGGACUCGAAGCAGAGCAAACGUUUUACCGUGGAGGCCCGGUCUUUCUGAGUGCCCUGUCCGGACUGGACAUUGCCCUUUGGGACCUCAAAGGUACCAUCCGUCCGCCCAACCCGUCCCGUCCCCCGUCCACUGACCCAACUUCUCCUGCAGCCCGGAAACUCGGCGUGCCAAUCUACGACCUCCUCGGCGGUAAACUGCGCACCAAGCUCAAAGUCUACGCCUGGAUCGGCGGCGACCGCCCCGCCUCCGUCAAAAGCGCCGCGCGCGCGCGCCAAGCUCAAGGCUUCACGGCCGUCAAGAUGAACGGCACCUCGGACCUCGGGUGGCUAGACUCGCCCUCUGCGCUCGACAGCUGCGUCGAGCGCGUGCGUGCCGUCCGCGCGCUCGGCCUCGACGUCGGCGUCGAUUUCCACGGGCGCGCGCACCGACCAAUGGCCAAGCAGCUAGCCGCGGCGCUGGCGCCGCUGCGGCCGCUGUUCAUCGAGGAGCCGCUGCUGGCGGAGCACGUCGAGGGCGUGGCGGCGCUCGCGGGGUUGACGACGAUUCCGGUCGCGCUGGGCGAGCGGCUGCACUCAAGAUGGGACGUGAAACCCUUUCUCGAGGCCAACUGCGUGGAUGUGCUACAGCCGGAUUUGUGCCAUGUGGGCGGCAUCUCGGAGCUGCGCAGGAUUGCGGCCAUGGCUGAGGCGUACGAUGUGCCGAUUGCGCCGCACUGUCCGCUGGGGCCGAUUGCGCUCGCGGCGUGCAUGCAGGUGGAUGCGGCGACGCCGAAUUUUGCCAUUCAGGAAAUGAGUCUCGGCAUUCAUUACAAUGUAGGGGGAUAUGACCUGCUGAGCUACAUCAAGAACCCAGAGAUUUGGCAGGUUGAAGAUGGUUACGUCAAUCUCAUGACUGGGCCCGGGCUUGGCAUUGAGGUUGACGAGCAGCGAGUCAUGGAAGCAAGCAAGAAUGCUGAGCCAUGGGUGUCUCCAGGCUUCAUUGGGCCUGGAGGCGAGCUACGCGAAUGGUAG